ACCACCGCCAAGGGAGAAGUGGACAGACGCCUCCAGACCAUGACAUCCAUCAUAGUCAGCUACGCAGCAGAGAGGUUUGGCCUCAUUGAGAGCAAGAACCCCAUGACCAGAUUCACACUGAACCGCCGCGCUACUCAGAUCCAUAAACUGCGCCAAGAACUGCGGACUCUCAAGAAGCAGUACAAGGUUGCAGGUGAAGAGGAGAAACAACCCCUGGAAGAGCUUCGCAACAUCUUGAGGAGGAAGCUAAUGACGCUACGUCGUGCAGAAGGGCAUCGAAGGAGAAGAAAGGAGAGGGCAAGGAGUCGUGCUGCGUUCAUCUCCAACCCCUUCAACUUCACCAAGAAGCUGCUUGGUGAUAAGCGGAGUGGCGUCCUCAUGUGCUCAACGGCAGAGGCAAACACCUUUCUGCACAACAACCUCAGUGACCCAGACAGGGAUCAGGAGCUUGGACCACAGAGGACCCUCAUUAGCCCGCAAGCGCCGACAGUGGAGUUUGUGAUGAGGGAGCCCGGCUGGGCUGAAAUACAGGAGGUUGUGAAGGGAGCCAGAUCAGCAUCAGCCCCAGGCCCCAGCGGUGUUCCAUACACUGUGUACAAACGGUGUCCACAACUGCUGCGACAUCUCUGGAAGCUGUUGAGAGUGAUCUGGCGCAGGGGACAUGUGGCUGGCCAGUGGAGAUCUGCAGAGGGUGUGUGGAUCCCGAAGGAAGAGGACUCAAAGGACAUCAGUCAGUUUAGGACAAUCUCCCUGCUAAGCGUCGAAGGCAAGAUUUUCUUCAGUGUCUUGUCUCGACGACUAACUGAGUUCCUUCUGAAGAACAGUUAUAUUGACACCUCUGUUCAGAAGGGUGGGAUCCCUGGAGUGCCUGGAUGCCUGGAACAUACAGGAGUGGUAACACAACUCAUCAGAGAGGCUCGUGAAGGGAAAGGAGAUCUAACCGUACUGUGGCUGGACCUGGCCAAUGCGUACGGUUCCAUACCUCACAAGCUUGUCGAGGUUGCCCUCCUGCAACAUCACGUUCCCACCAAAGUCAUAGACCUUAUCCUGGACUAUUACAGCAACUUCAGGUUAAGAGUCACCGCUGGGUCAGGUACAUCGGACUGGCAUCGACUUGAGAAGGGCAUCAUAACAGGCUGCACAAUCUCAGUCAUCCUGUUUGCACUGGCAAUGAACAUGAUCGUCAAGUCAGCAGAGGUUGAGUGCAGGGGACCCCUGACAAAAUCCGGAGUACGUCAGCCUCCGAUAAGAGCGUUCAUGGACGACCUAACUGUCACUACCACAUCUGUCCCGGGCAGCAGAUGGAUUCUGCAAGGGCUAGAAAAGCUCAUCACAUGGGCAAGGAUGAGCUUUAAGCCUGCAAAAUCAAGAUCUCUGGUGCUCAAGAAGGGAAAGGUGACAGACAGGUACCUCUUCUCUCUUGAUGGAGCCACUAUCCCAUCCAUUACACAGCAGCCUGUCAAGAGCCUUGGGAAGCUCUUCGAUUGCAGCCUCAAAGACUCGUCUUCCAUUCAGAGGACCAGCAAAGAGCUUGAGGGAUGGCUGAGGUGUGUUGACAGAUCGGGCUUGCCAGGGAGAUUCAAGGCCUGGAUUUACCAGCAUUCCAUCCUGCCCCGCAUCCUCUGGCCUCUGCUAGUGUAUGCAGUACCCAUCACAACCGUAGAGGCCAUGGAGAGAAAGAUCAGCAGCUACUUGCGAAGAUGGCUUGGCCUACCCCGAAGCCUGAGCAGUGCUGCCCUGUACGGCAGUAGCAACACCCUGCAGCUUCCAUUCAGUGGACUCACUGAAGAGUUCAUGGUAACCAGAACUCGAGAAGCCCUGCAGUACAGAGAAUCCAGGGAUGUUAAGGUGGCAUCGGCUGGUAUCCAGGUGCGGACAGGGCGUAAAUGGAGGGCGGACAAGGCUCUGGAAGUGGCAGAGUCGCGACUGAGGCAGAAGGUACUGGUCGGUUCCAUAGCCUCAGGGCGCGCAGGCAUUGGCUACUUCCCAUCAACCAGGGUGGACAAGGUCCAGGGAAAAGAGCGGCAACACCUCAUCCAGCAGGAAGUGCGGGCAGGCGUGGAGGAAGAACGAGCCAGCAGGAUGGUGGGAAUGGGACAACAAGGAGCAUGGACUAGAUGGGAGAAUGUUCUACAACGGAAGAUCACAUGGCCUAACAUCUGGAGAGCAGACUCCCUUAACAUCAGAUUCCUAGUCCAAGCUGUCUACGAUGUCCUGCCCAGUCCAUCCAACCUCCAUGUCUGGGGCAAAGCUGAGACACCAUUCUGCCCCCUGUGUCCAGGACGGGGAUCCCUGGAACACCUACUCAGUAGCUGCCCUAAAGCCCUUGGUGAGGGGCGCUAUCGCUGGCGCCACGACCAGGUGCUGAAGGCGGUUGCUGAGAGUAUAGCCAAGGCCAUCAAUACCACCAAAGGCCACAGCAAGCCAAAGUUCAUCAGGUUCCACAGAGCGGGAGAAAAGCCCACUCCCCAAGCAGGGGCCAGGGCAGGUCUCCUCACCACUGCCACAGACUGGCAGCUGGAUGUGGACCUUGGCAAACAGCUGAAGAUCCCAGCCAGGAUAACAUCGACACGGCUCCGACCAGAUAUGAUCAUUGUUUCUGAUUCCACCAAGCAAUUGAUCAUUCUGGAACUCACAGUGCCCUGGGAAGAACGCAUGGAGGAGGCAAACGAGCGGAAGCGUGCCAAGUACCAGGAGCUGGUGGAGGAGUGCAGAAGCCAAGGCUGGAAGACCUGCUGUGAACCCCUGGAGGUGGGAUGCAGAGGAUUUGCAGGGCGGUCCCUCUGCAAAGUUCUCACCAUGCUGGGCCUCACCGGGGAGGCAAAGAGGAAGGCCAUUAGGUCUGCAACUGAAGCCGCAGAAAAAGCCACAAGAUGGCUUUGGAUCAAGAGGGCUGAUCCGUGGACAAAUGCUGCUGGGACACAGGCUGGAGUCUGAUCAACUCCAGUUGGGUCGCCUGGGGGAGGGUGUAUGAUGUUGAAAGACCCGAAACACCCAAUGAGCUCAGGAAUCACAUCACUGAUGAUGUGUCCCAGCGCAUCAGCAAGAUGUAUCUU